GGCAGACGCACCGGACGCCAUUUUUCCCGACAGGUCGGUUAGUAUGCGGAAGGGAGAGCGUCGCCUCCGUGAAGUCCACCGGAGCCGCAGCCGCAGCCGGGGUCAGGGUUAGGGUUAGGGUUGGAGUUAGGGUCCAUGGUGGAGGCGGAGGAUGCGCGGCGGGUUGAAGGCUGCAGCCGCUUGAACUACACGUCCGACCGCGGCGACAUGGAGGAGAGGUUCAGCACCGAGAUCGCGUCGAUCGUGGAGGUGGCCAUCCAGGCGACUGUGUCUGUCUUCAGAGACGCAUGGGAGAAAGAAGCGCCAAAUUUGGAGUGGGAAGAGACGCGGGUGGCCGUGGUGCGGGACAUAGGGAGCCGCCUGGUGCUCCAGAUCAACAAGCUGUUCUCGGACGUGUCCGAGGAGAACGAGGCUCUGCGGGCCAAGGUGGAGCAGCUGGAGGACGUGCUGGAGAACAAAGCCGGGAGCCUGGAGCGGGAGCUGGUGGCCCGAGUGGGCCAGCUGGGGAAGGACCUGGAGCAGGUGGAGAACGAGCUGAAGACCAUCAGCGAGCAGAGCAGCAAGGCGCACGGCGGCCUGCCCGGGGGCCUGCUGCCGGACGGGAGCCCGGUGCCGUCCGUGUCCACCAAUCAAGCCUCCGCAAAGCCCGCUGCCCCGCUGGCUGCUCCAAGUGAAGGUGCCGCCCUGAACCCGUCGCCGGCUGUGACAGGAGCCUCUCACGCCGUCACCAGCGUCUCCACCUCACCCGCUAGCCUGGCGGCCAAAUCUGUGGUGACCCCGAUGUUGCUCGUCAACAGAGUCGGCGCCACCUCCACGGUGCUGGUGGUGGAGGCCAGUCAGGUGAUGAGCGGCCCCUCCACCUCGUCGGCGGCCAUCUCCAGCCCGGCCGCCCUGCAGAUGGCAGCCGGGAAGCUCAUCCUCAAAACCGCCGCCUUGCCGGGCGCGUCGCCUCAGGCGGUCCCCAGCAGCACCAGCAGCAGUGUCAGCUCAGCCAAGCAGAAGAGAACUCUGGAGGAGCCGGCCUCGGGCCCGGCCAAGAAGGCAAAGGUGGAGAAUUCACAAGUCCAAAAAGCCUCCACUGAGGGGAAGGAGGUGAAGGUGAGCAAAGUGCAGGAGAGAAGACAGAAGAGGAAGGAGCUGCGGACCGUGAAGAGGUUCUUCUGCGACCUCUGCAACAUCGGGUUCCACUGGCAAGGGGAACUACGGAAACACAUGGCCAUCCACAAGAAGCCUUUCCCUUGUAAGGAGUGUAACAAAAGUUUCUUGGACAAGAAGUCCCUUGAGAAUCACCUCCAGCGCCACACUGACCGCAAAGAGCCAAUGCCUUUCCCCUGCCCGCAGUGUAAGAGAGGUUUCCGCAAAGAGAAGUCGCUUCAAAACCACCUCUUGCGCCACCAGCGCUUUAAGCAGCCGAAGCCGUUCUCCUGCGAUCAGUGUGACAAAAAAUUCAGGCUGGAGAAGUCCCUGGAAAACCACGUCAUGCGUCACAAGGUGCAGAGGAAGUUGUUCAAGUGCCAGGUUUGUGAGAAAUUGUUCAAGACGCCGGCGCAGGUGAGGUGUCACAUGGUCGUGCACUCGGAGGAGAGGCCCUUCACCUGCGCCACCUGCGGCAAAGAGUUCAAGAGCAAAGACACGCUUCGCUUCCACCAGAUGGUUCACUCUUCCGCCAAGAAAUACAAAUGUCCAAUGUGUGAGGAAACCUUCAAGUACGCCCACUCGCUCACCGUGCACAAGAGGAAGCACACGGGCGACACACCGUUUAUGUGCCCCGUGUGCAACAAGACGUACAGGACCGGCACGGCGCUGAAGAAACACAACCUGGUCCACACCGGCGAGAAGCCUUUCACCUGUCACAUCUGCGGCGCGAGGUUCAGCCUGAACAACAAUCUCAAGAGGCACAUUCGCCUCCACACGGGGGAGAAGCCCUUCACCUGCAAGGACUGCGGCAAGAGCUUCUCGGACACCAACAAGCUGAAGACACACAUGCUCAUCCAUGGCGCCCGAAAGCCGUUCAUGUGCGACCUGUGCGGCAAGACCUUCCUCUUCAACUGCAGGCUGCGGUUACACCAAAAGUUUGUGCACGGUGACAGGAGUGUGGAAACAGAUGGCAGCCAGUAUGUAGGGCAGACCCAGCAGCGGAACAAGGCGUCAGUGAUGGUGAAACCGUUCAGCUGCAGGAUCUGCCUGAAGGGCUUCAGCGCCGCGUCGUCCCUGAAAAUGCACGAAAAAAGCCAUGAGGACCACAAGCAGUUCCAGUGCAGCAUCUGCGGCAAGUCAUUUCACAACAAAUACUCAUUCGCCUACCAUCAGAGGAGCCACUCAGGGGAGAAGCCCUUCGUCUGUGACGUGUGCGGGAAGAGGUUCUCCCAGGCCAGCAGCCUGAAGCAGCACGAGCGAAUACACACCGGAGAGAAACCUUACAAAUGUGACCAGUGUGGCAAGACCUUCAGGACGGACGGAAACUUCUACAGACACUUGCGGAUCCACACAGGGGAGAAACCGUUCGAGUGCGAUCGAUGUCAGAGGAAGUUCAACCAGUCGAAUCAGCUCAAGUCCCACAUGCAGGUCCACACGGGCGUGAAGCUGUACUCGUGCGAGCGCUGCGGCCGCGGCUUCUCAGACUCCCGGCAGCAGAAGAAACACAGCUGUGACGCCACAUAGCCAAUCUUAACCAGUUGACUGUUGUAUUACAGUUGCAGUUCAAACUAUGAAUUGAAGUAGAGAAAAAAAUGACAUGUCAGGCUGUUUUGCAUUUUGCUGAAGCUGUUGCUGUUGCCUCAAAGCUUUUUAAGGACAGUAAAAUGACUAAGUGAUCUUCAUCUGUGUAAUCUCCUGUCCUAACUUCUGAUAGGUUUUGUUUGUUCAAAGGUGGAAAAGUUUCUACUUGAAGUCAUGACAUUUAACCUGUUGAAAAGGAAGUUCAUGCUGAUUAAAUCCUACACAAGCAAACAAACAUAGCAUACUUUGGUAAAUGUUGGAAUAAUGAGAUAAAGAGACCCAACAUACAAAGACAUCGAGGAGUCCCUGACAAAAAAAAAAAAAAAGAAAAGAAAUUUAUAGUCUCAAGAAGUAUAUUUAUUAUGGUUGAAAAAAAAUUGUUGGAAGGGUUAUUUGUAA